AUGGGCUUGCAAAAUCUAUAUUUCAAGUAUGGGUGGGAUCACUCAGUUCACAAACGGAAAAGGCUCCCCCCGGUGAAAAGGUCUUUGAUUUACUACCUGAAAGGAAGAGAGGUCAGGGUGCAGAAUGAGUCCAGCUACCACCGCCUGUUGCAUGAAUAUGCAGCCCAGCAGCUUCCCAGCCUCCUGGAAGAGAGGGAAUUUCAUCUCGGGACCCUCAAUAAAGUGUUUGCCUCCCAGUGGCUGAACCACCGGCAAGUGGUUUGUGGGACGAAAUGCAACACAUUGUUUGUGAUAGAUGUCCUAACUGGUCAAAUCACCAAGAUUCCUAUUCUGAAAGAUCGUGAGCCUGGCAUGGUGAACCAGCCGGGCUGUGGUAUUCAUGCCAUUGAGCUCAACCCCUCAAGGACCCUUCUGGCUACAGGUGGAGACAAUCCCAACAGUCUUGCAAUUUAUCGUCUGCCUACGCUUGAUCCCGUCUGCGUGGGAGAUGAUGGGCACAAGGACUGGAUAUUUUCAAUCGCAUGGAUCAGUGAUACUAUGGCUGUUUCUGGUUCCAGGGAUGGUUCGAUGGGUCUCUGGGAAGUCACAGAGGACGUGCUCUCCAAAAGUGAUGGCAGGCAUAAUCUCUCCGAAGUUCCUGUGUAUGCCCACAUAACCCACAGGGCUCUGAAGGAUAUUCCCAAGGAGAACACCAAUCCUGACAACUGCAAAGUUCGAGCAUUGGCUUUCAACAAUAAGAACAAGGAGCUGGGAGCUGUAUCCCUAGAUGGAUAUUUCCAUCUUUGGAAAGCAGAACACACACUAUCAAAGUUACUUUCCACAAAGUUGCCAUACUGCAGGGAGAACGUGUGUGUGGCCUAUGGUCUGGAGUGGUCGGUGUAUGCAGUAGGAUCACAGGCCCAUGUCUCCUUCCUGGAUCCCAGGCAGCCUUCUCACAAUGUUAAAUCCGUCUGUUCCAAAGAACGAGGCAGUGGUGUUCGGUCAGUGAGCUUCUACGAGCACAUCAUCACGGUGGGGACGGGACAGGGCUCCUUGCUGUUCUACGAUAUCAGAGCCCAGCGGUUCCUGGAUGAGAAGCCCCCGCGUGCCAGCUACGGGCAGAAGCAGAAGCUCGGGGGAAGUGAGAUUCUCAAGCUGACCACGGGGAAAGGCUGGCUGAAUCAUGAUGAAACCUGGAGGAAUUAUUUUUCUGACAUUAAUUUCUUCCCAAAUGCUGUUUACCCCCACUGCUACGACUCGUCUGGAACGAAACUUUUUGUGGCAGGAGGCCCCCUUCCAUCCGGACUUCAUGGGAAUUAUGCUGGUCUCUGGAGCUAAUAACUCUUUACAAAUGCUGAUGUUACACAGAUUUCCACUUUUCCUUUUGUAACAAAGAAAUUGUGUGAUGCCAUUGAUUUCUGAUUUAAAUGCAAGUUACUUUUUGGCAGAGUUUUCUGUUGGUCUCCAACAGUUUUGUACAUCUUUUUGAACCAGUUUUUUGCUUUUACCUCCUUGAUCCUUUGUAUGAAGGGUUUUUGAAAUCCCUUUUUAUUGUAUUUACUCCAAAUGACUCUUCCCCCACAUUUAGGCUAUCUUGGCCAUAUACCCCCUCCCCUACUUUGCUGUGAGGAAGGAUUCCUUUCUUAUAGAGUGGUAGCUCCUGGGCUUUCUGUGAAAGUCGAAGGGCUGUGUGUGUGCAGGUACUUUGUCAGUUACAUUACCUGGAGAGAGGACUACUUGUAAUUAAAAAAAAAUAUUAAAAAUAUUUAUAAGAGAUAAGCUACUACUUUAUCUGCAGAGCCUGGCCCAGGCCUCAGUUGAUCUUAUUUUUUAAAAGUACAAGUCUAAUGAUACUGUUUAU